AAAUGAAACAACUUCGGAAGAGACUGGAGGCGCUUUCCGAAAUAUUCGAAUCAGAGAAAUCGUACGUGCAGGACCUUAAAAUAUGGGGCGAGGACUUCAAAAGGUAUCUUUUCCAGUCCGAGACACUCACAGUAGAGAAGAAGCACUCGCUCAGCAAAACAUUGUUCAUCAACCUGGAUGCAAUCAUAGCACUGCACGAGCAGAUAAUAAGGGAACUGGGCCGCAGGAACGAGUACAUCAGGGAGAUGAACGGAAUAUCGACCGGUGAUGUAUGUAAACCUAUCGUGGUGACCGAUGAGAGCGCACAGAUGUUCAAGGACCUGGAGUACCACUCGGUGUACUACAAGUAUCUGAACAGGUUUGGGGUGUACCGGUACUACGUGAGCAGACUGCCCACGGUUGAGUUUGAUCUGGACAAGGAGUGCAAUAUGAACCGUUUUUUUAAGCAAGAGCUGAUGGAAUUCUUCAACAAGCGCAAUAUUGAGCUGGGACCGAAGCACUUUAUUUAUAGAGCGAGUCAGAAGCUGGCACGGUAUGCCAUUCUGUGGAAUGCGGUGCUGCACUACGAGGAGAACCCUUCCUUUAUCGAGGGAAUUAAUACAACGGUACAAAAGCUCAAGGAAAUUGCGAAGGAUGUGGACCAAACGUACGGCUCGAUAAACGAGAGCUACAAGAUAUUCCGGUUCAGCGCUGACCUGCACUACGCUGAGUCCGUGAAGAACCGCAUUCCGCUCAAUUUGUUCCAAAAGCAGCGAAAGAUUCUGAAGGAAGGGGACGUAAUCAUCAAGUACAGACACAUCAGAGAGCCGAAAAUGCUCCGAUUUAUUGUGCUCGAUACCGUCAUUCUGAUCUGUGACGUGGUGAAGCAGGGCAAUGUAGAGAUAAAGUACAUCAUAACAGAUCCGCUGCCACUGUUCAAGUACAUCGUGACGGAGCGAAACAUCGGCUAUACCUUUGAUAAUGAGUACUUGGAGAGCAUGAAUCCGUUGUUUUUGCUUGAGCGUGCCGGGACGGACAUCGUUGUGAUCUUCUUCAAGGAUGAAAGGAUCAAAAGGAUGUAUUUCGAUGUGAUACAUGCUGCAAUGGAGGAGGUAAGGAAGUACUUUAAGCCUGGCGUGAAUCUUUGUCCGCUGCUUGAGAAGACCAACUAUGAGAUACUGUGCUGUUCGACACGCGAUCUUAAGUUUAGUAUUGGAAAUGAGGAGGACAAGCGCUCGUCGCAUGGUACGGUUAGUAUUGGUGAUUUAUCGAUUGAUGAUAACAAGGAUAGCUACAUAGACGGGUCUGCGCCUCCUGAGGUGAUGAGUGGGACGGAUAAGGAAGGAAUGGGAAGUAAGGAGGGGGUAGGAAGUAAAAUGGAUAGGGUUCAAGGCAAGGCAGACGGUGAGAGGAGUAAGGAAGAAAUGGGAAGUAAAACGGAUAGGGUCCAAGGCAGUACGGGUGAUAAAACAGAUGGAAUAGGAAAUGAUAAAACGGAUGGAAAAGAGAGAAAUGAUGGAGAGCGUAGCAAAGAAUUGAAAAAUGAAGGAAUGGGUAGAAAUAGCAUAUUAUCCGAUGCACUUUCAGUGAAAAAAAACGAAAAUAGAUCAAAGGGAGUUGAAGAGGAGACGAAAAAUGGAUGUAAACGGUGUGUAAGUCCGGUAAGUGAGAAGAACGAAGAGGAUGAAGACCGCAUAGAAAGGGAUGAAGACCGCAAAGAAAGGGAUGAAGACCGUAGCGAUCAUAGUGAUGAGAAUAGCGGCGGUCGUGAUGAACUAAAUGCUACAGUCAGUAAAAAUAGUAAAACCGUCAACUCCACGGGUAAAACUGAGGAUGGAGCUGCAAAUAGUGGCACAGGAGUGAGUGAUGAGAAGUCGCUGUCUAGAAGGCAAGAAAAAUCGCAUUCUGUGACAGAAGAGCACAAUAUGUCGCAAAGAAAGCUGCGAUUCGCAACACAGUUGAAUUCGAAUGAGAGUACGGAAAGUACGAGCAGCAGCUCCGCGUCUAUAGAGCAGGGCCAGCGCAGGGUUUCAUUCUUCAAACGAAUGUUGGGGCAUAAGCAACCAGAGGAAAUAAACGAUCACACGUUCAGUAUAGACAGGGGAGACUACCGCAGAAUAUUCCAUGCGGAUGAGCAGUUCCUGCUGUUCGGUACGAAGGAGGGGCUGUUCAAAAAGAUAGGUCCACACUUCGUAAGUCUGCACGACAAGGGCGUGCACAAGGUGGUGUACGAUGUGGCAAACAAAAUAAUUGUAUUCUUGGAAUCAAGCAAAAUAUGCUGUGCUCCGUUUGUGCCCAGCCAGGACACGUUGCAUACCAAGCUCAUAACGCGUAGCGCAGACGAUUUCUUCUACGGUAUAACGCUGAACAAGCUUACCAUAGCAUCACUUACCGUGAGCAACAACUCAACUACCUCCGUAUCGCUGUUUAAGGUAACGAUCGAGAACCGCUCCGUGUCCGUUGUGAUGGACCGCAAGUUGUUCGUAGGAUGCCUCGUGUUCGAUAUCGCGUUCUUCAACACCAAGUUGGUGAUUGCGUGCCGUGAUUUUGAAAUGGUUGAUUCGGAUACCCUCAAGACGCAGGAACUCGUUGAUCCGCUCGAUCUAUGCGUGCCCUUCUACUUCAAAGGGCUUAAGAAUGUGACAGCGCUGAGCGUGUUCACGAUAGAUAACGAUGUCUUCCUAGUGUGCUAUGACAGCAUGGGCUUCUUCAUCGAUUCGUAUGGACGAACAAUCCGGCAGAACAUCAUCUUUGUGUGGUACGUCCGACCGCUCAAGUUUAUGAUCUACAAGGAGUACCUUGCAUGUGUGAGUGAGCAGGAGGUGGUGGUUUGGGACAUCAAUACGGCCAAUAUGGUAUUCUAUAUGAGACAGGAGCACCUUCGAUUUGUUACAGGUUCUUCCACUCUGUUGUUGUACGACCAGUACUCGUUGUACAAGCUUACGCUUGAGUAGGUGGGACACGUGUUGUGUUUUGGUAGACCAACCUCAGGAGGCGAUGCUGAAAUAUGAUUUUGGAAUGAUACUAAGAUACCGUUGGAUGAAAUAGCCUUGAAAGCUCUUGAGGUAUAGUUGAGGGACAUUUGAUUGAUCAAGAAGGGCAAAUCAUGGAACGAUUUAAACAAAUGAUUUUGAGAGCAUGUGUCACGAAUCAUUCCCGAUUCUUGGUAAAUAUCAUGGUUUGGCCUGAAAUGGUAAUCGGUUCAGGAGAACAGUCAACUCGCAAGAAUCAACCAAUGGUAGCGAUAAAAUAUAUCAAACCACGAUAUAAUGCCGUAUAAAUGCCAUUACCUUACUUUUGUACCAUAAUUAGAGCAAUAAAUCCGUUAAUGAUUGCUUUCUUUUUUGUGGUAAUACACAGCAUGAGUAUUUAAAACAAACAUGG